CAAAGGGGAGGGGUAGGCGGGCGGCGCCGGCGGCUUCAACUGCGGCAGCUACGGCUAGGGCGACGAAAGAAUCCCCAUCAGCCGGCGGUCGUGUUAGGCCUAAACAGCGCCUGGAGCUGAUCGCGUUGUCCUCUGCGGGGGAUCUCCAUAGAGACCGUGACAUACACAGAGGCGGGGGUCCGCAGGAGGCUGCCGGACCGGAGCCAGCUCCUCGGCCUCAGUCGCCGCCACCGCCUUCCCUGCUGCCAGCGCGCAUUUUCUCUCCGCUCCUGCUCGAAACCUCGCGGCUCCUGGUGUGCCUGUGCCCUACUGUGUGGGCAGCGAAGGCGGACUUUUGGGCUGGGGCCGGGCGGGGGGGGGCUCUAAGGCCUCCACCUCUGCCUCUCCCGCCCCCUUACCCGCCCCGACGCGGGAAGCGGCGGAGGCUCCGCCAUGGCCUCGGGAGCCGGAGGAAUAGGAGGGGGCGGUGGCGGCAAGAUCCGGACGCGGCGUUGCCACCAGGGGCCAAUUAAGCCUUACCAGCAGGGGCGACAACAACACCAGGGCAUUCUUAGCAGGGUUACAGAAUCUGUUAAGAAUAUUGUGCCAGGAUGGCUACAAAGAUACUUCAACAAGAAUGAAGAUGUGUGCAGCUGCUCAACAGACACAAGAGAGGUACCACAGUGGCCGGAAAAUAGAGAAGAUGAUCAUCUGAUAUAUGCCGAUGAGGAGAGCUCUAAUAUUCAUGAUGGGAGAAUCACUCCCGAGCCCACAGUCAGUAAUACAGAAGAACCCUCAACAACUAGUACUUCUUCAAAUUACCCAGAUGUAUUAACAAGGCCUUCUCUUCAUCGGAGCCAUAUGAAUUUCUCCGUGUUGGAAUCUCCUGCACUACACUGUCAGCCCUCCACAUCCUCGGCAUUCCCAAUUGGCAGUUCUGGAUUUUCCCUUGUAAAGGAAAUUAAAGAUUCUACCUCUCAACAUGAUGAUGAUAACAUCUCAACUACCAGUGGUUUUUCUUCAAGAGCUUCUGAUAAAGAUAUAGCUGUUACAAAGAACACUUCAGUGCCACCUCUGUGGUCCCCAGAGGCUGAACGUACUCAUUCACUCUCACAGCACACUGCCACCAGCUCAAAAAAACCAGCAUUCAACUUGUCUGCCUUUGGAACACUUUCCCCUUCACUUGGGAAUUCUUCAAUCCUUAAAACAAGUCAGCUUGGAGAUUCUCCUUUUUAUCCUGGAAAAACAAUGUACGGUGGGGCAGCAGCUGCUGCAAGACAACUGAAACUCCGAAACACACCGUAUCAGGCACCAGUCAGAAGGCAGAUGAAAGCUAAGCAGCUGAAUGCACAGUCCUAUGGUGUGACCAGUUCCACAGCUCGGCGGAUAUUGCAAACUUUAGAGAAGAUGUCAAGCCCUCUCGCGGAUGCAAAAAGAAUCCCGUCUGUUGUUUCUUCUCCCCUGAAUUCUCCUCUUGAUAGGAGUGGAAUAGAUACGACCUCAGACUUUCAGGCCAAAAGGGAAAGGGUGGAUUCUCAGUAUCCCCCCGUUCAGAGACUCAUGACCCCGAAGCCGGUUUCCAUAGCAACAAAUAGAACUGUAUAUUUUAAACCGUCUCUGACCCCAUCUGGUGAAUUAAGGAAGACUACUCAAAGAAUAGAUAAAAAGCACAAUACUGGAUAUGAGAACCCUGUGACACCAGGACAAAACAGAGAACGAGAAAGUGGCUUUUCUUACCCAAAUUUCAGUAUGUCUGCAGCCAAUGGUUUAUCUUCUGGAGUAGGUAGUGGAGGCGGCAAGAUGAGACGAGAGAGAACACGCUUUGUUGCAUCUAAACCUCCAGAGGAAGAGGAAAUGGAAGUGCCAGUAUUGCCGAAAAUCUCUCUACCCAUCACCAGUUCUUCACUGCCUACCUUCAAUUUUAGUUCCUCUGUGAUCACAACUUCCUCUCCAUCACCCGUUAGUCCUUCACAAUCACUGACAAACAAGGUACAAAUGGCCUCUCCAAACAGUCCUGGCCGUCCCAUGUUUCGAUUUUCAUCUCCAAUUGUAAAAUCUACUGAGGCAGAUGUUCUACCUCCGUCAUCUAUUGGAUUUACGUUUAGUAUGCCUGUUGCGAAAACAACAGAACUUUCUGGCUCUAGUAGUAUUUCAGAACCAAUUACAAGUAGUAGUUUAGCUCAAGAUACCAAUGCAGUGAAUAGUACAAGCUGUAAGAAGCAGCCAGAUGAAGAUUGUGAGGGUCCUUUUAGACCUGCAAAAACCCUGAAAGAAGGAAGUGUCCUAGAUGUUCUCAAAAGCCCUGGUUUCACAUCACCAAAGGCAGAUUCUCUUGCUGCUCAGCCUACUACCACAAGCCCAGUAGUUUAUACAAGACCAGCAAUAAGUAGUUUUUCUUCUGGGGGAGUUGGGUUUGGAGAAAGUGUAAAAUCUGGGUCACCUGGAUCGUCGUCGUGGCAGUGUGAUACUUGUCUGCUCCAGAACAAAGCUACAGACGGCAAGUGCAUAGCCUGUCAGGCAACAAAAUUGCCAGCAAAAGAUACUGCUAAACAAACUGGAAUCGGAGCACCAAGCAAAAGUGACAAGUCAACUCUCUCUACAUCAGGGACGGGUUUUGGAGACAGAUUUAAACCAGCAGUCGGGACCUGGGAUUGUGACACCUGUUUAGUGCAAAACAAACCCGAAGCGAUGAAAUGCGUAGCUUGUGAGACACCGAAACCCGGAACUGGUGUGAAGCGAGUCCUUACGCUGCCAGUGGCUGCGGCGAGCGCUGUGCCCGUGGCCGCCGCACCUCCCACCUGCACUGUGACCACGGGCGCCGUAGGAUUCGCAGAUAAAUUUAAAAGGCCCCUGGGAUCUUGGGAGUGUCCAGUAUGCUGUGUUUCUAAUAACGGAGAAGACAGUAAAUGUGUGUCCUGUGUGUCUGAGAAGCCAGGAAGUUCAGUACCUGCUUCAAGUAGCAGCACCGUCCCUGCCUCUCUGUCUUCUGGAAGCUGCCUUGGGUUAGACAAGUUCAAGAAACCAGAGGGAAGCUGGGACUGUGAAGUGUGCCUAGUGCAAAAUAAAGCCGACUCUACCAAAUGCAUAGCAUGCGAAAGUGCAAAGCCAGGCACAAAGUCUGAGUUCAAAGGUUUUGGCACGUCUUCCCCGUCUCCGAACCCAGCUGCCUCAUCCUUCAAAUUUGGUCUCCCGUCAUCGUCUUCUGGGCCUUCUCAGACUUUAACAAGCACUGGAGAUGUUAAAUUUGGAGAGCAGGGAGGCUUCAAAAUAGGUGUGUCUUCAGAUUCUGAGUCUCCAAACUCCAUGAGUGAAGGCUUUAAAUUUUCAAAACCAAUAGGAGAUUUUAAGUUUGGAGUUUCGUCCGAGUCCAAGCCUGAAGAAGCUAAAAAGGACAACAAGAACGAUAAUGGUUUUAAGUUCGGACUCUCUUCGGGUUUAAGCAAUACGGCAUCGUUAGCUCCGUUUCAGUUUGGGGUGUCUAAUCUUGGGCAGCAAGAGAAGAAAGAGGAGCUCCCUAAAUCUUCAUCUACAGGCUUUAGUUUUGGUACAGGUGUCAUUAACCCGGCACCUGCUGCUGCCGUCACCGGGGUGACCGCUGAGAACAAGAGCAGCUUCAGCUUUGGAGCCAUAGGAGCCAAGAGCGUUUCGGUGGCUCCGUUCACAGGGAAGACGUCAGAAGCAAACAAAGAAGACACGCCCGCCACCAAGGGAGGGUUCACUUUUGGUGGCACGGAGCCUGCCCCCGUGCCGUCUGCCUCUUUGUUCGUUUUGGGAAGGACAGAAGAGAAACAGCAAGAGCCGGUCACUUCUACUUCUCUGGUGUUUGGGAAGAAAGCGGACAGUGAGGAGCCGAAGUGUCAGCCAGUGUUUUCCUUUGGGAAUUCAGAGCAAACCAAAGAUGAGAGUUCUGCAAAGGCCACCUUUAGUUUCAGUGUGGCAAAACCAUCUGAGAAGGAAUCGGAACAGCCUACGAAGGCCGCGUUUGCAUUUGGGUCUCAAACCAAUACCACGACUGAUCCAGGUGCAGCAAAACCAGUGUUCAGUUUCUUGAACAACAAUUCUUCUAAUUCAAGUGCACCGGCCACUUCGGCAGCCGGGGGCAUAUUCGGUAGCUCCACUGCGUCCUCCGGUGCGCCGGUGGCUGCCUUCGUGUUUGGACAGGCCAGCAACCCUGUGAGCAGCUCUGCUUUCGGGAACUCUGCGGAGGCCAGUACUUCUCAGUCUCUGCUGUUUCCUCAGGAGAGCAAACCUGCAGCCACGUCCAGCGCGGGCUCAGCGGUCACCCCAUUUGUCUUCGGUCCAGGGGCCGGCGGUAGUAAUCCUGUAACCUCUGGUUUCAAUUUUGGAGCUACCACCACAUGCAGCUCUGCAGGAUCCUCCUUCGUGUUUGGCACUGGACCUUCAGCACCGUCUGCCAGUCCAGCAUUUGGUGUUAACCAAACCCCGACGUUUGGACAGAGUCAAGGUGCCAGCCAGCCGAAUCCCUCAGGCUUCGGAGCCCUGUCAUCUUCCGCAGCAUUGUUUUCUGCCACUUCUCAGCCCACGCCACCCACUUUUGGGACAGUGUCAAGCAGCAGCCAGCCUCCUGUGUUUGGACAACAGCCUAGUCAGUCUGCAUUUGGCUCUGCAGCAGCUCCUAGUUCUACUUCAGUUUUCCAGUUCGGCAGCAGCACCACGAACUUCAACUUCACGAACAACAACCCGUCGGGAGUGUUCACGUUCGGUGCGAACCCCAGCGCUCCUGCGGCCGCGGCCCAGCCCUCGGGCUCCGGGGGCUUUCCUUUCAGCCAUCCCGCGGCGGCCUUCACCGUGGGGUCAAACGGGAAAAAUAUGUUCUCGUCUUCUGGAACUUCAGUCUCUGGGCGCAAGAUAAAGACUGCCGUCAGGCGCAAGAAAUAAAGGUCACUUUGGUGUUGUGCGCAACACUUCCACAGCAGCCGGUGCCCUGCUUUCCAGAUACUGGAUCGUCCUGUGUGCUGGGUUAUCUGACGUCAGAUCCGCCUCAAGACUUCUUUAAUUUGGGGGUUUUCCUCCUUGUUUUCUUUCUUUACAGAAGCCCUGCCCUCACCUCUCCCACUCCCGUUUUAAAACAAAUCAUAGCUAGAUCGGUGACUGAUUCUUCAGCGAAACUCUGACCCGGCGCAUUGGUCCCUGGCCCGGCGCAGGCUGGCCGGGCCCAGGGAGGGAGCCCGCUCCGCGAAUGGCUUUGUAAAGAACCCCUGUGUCUGCACCACCGCGUGCGUUGACACGCGUUUAUGGAACGCACUGACGUUGUAAUUAUAUCGGAGGACCCCCGUGUAGAUUAGAGAGUGUUGAAGUGAGUGAUUUCUCUGCCGAGUUUGUGCUGGUGUAUGUGUGGAGUGAGUCGGGUGUCUCGUGCACUAAGAUUUUCCGAUAGAGGAAGCCUGAUGAAAGGAUGGUCCGUGCUAAGGACUUACUAGAUCUAGUUCAUUCUCCAUUUAAUAAUUCUCUGCUAUUUCUAUAUUUUCAUUCUCCUGACUCUCACCUGUCUUGCCUUUUUCAUUAUUUUAUUAUGAAACUUGUGUAAAUACAAUUUUGUUUCUGUACUUUUUUGGCAUAACAUAAAUCUGUGAACUUGAAAUUUUAAUUUUGUGUUAGAAAAUUUGUUCUUUGUUUAGUCUCGUCUCAGAUUUUAUUAUGUAAAUCCCAUUAUUCAAAGUUGCCUAAAUCCAUUUGGAAAUCUUUAAAAAAAAAUUGGGGAUUCUUAAAGUGAAUUUAUUGGCUUUUCUGAUCCAGUUUUGUUUGGACCAAAAACCAGUAUUGUACAAAGUAUUAAGCAUAUAUUUUUAUAUUUACUGAAAUGGACUGUGGUGACUUUGGAUAAUAAGGAAAAGUUUAAUAUUAAAGCCAUGUUUAUUACAGUAUAAUUAACAUGUUAAACCAUGGGAUAAAUGCCAUCAAUAAAAAAUUAUGAAAUA